AAGGAUAUGCCCAGCAUAUCAAAGUCCUCUUCAGUGCCAUCAGAAAAACAGCAUCAUAUAUGCUGCCACACAAGUGACUCCAGGGUUGUUUCUAAGACCCGAGGGCGGGGAAUUCCCCCACCUAAAAUGACAGAAAUGUUACCAAGAAGAAAAAAUGUUGUGGCAGCGUUUUGUGGCAAUAAACAGCUGUGCAGGAAAGGCAUUCAUCUUAGAGCCAAGGAAAAGGAAGUUACCUGCCCAAGACAUGAAGACUGCACUGCAACAAUUCCUCUAGACACCACCAUUGGAGACGAAAAGAGAUGGGCUGCGGAAUGCAUUAAUGAGCUUCAUAGUAUUGGUCGUCCACUUAUCAUUUCCCAUUUCACCAGUGAUAGAGACAGUGCUGCUGCUUCUGGUGCAUCUGGAAAGCAAGGGCAUGUAAUUGAAAACCACAAAGACCUGCAUCACUUCUUUGACACUCAAAGACAGAACGACAACAAAGGCGUCGAGCUAACAUUUUCUUUUAUUGAUAUCGUUAAUUAGAAUUUCUGUACUAAUAGUCGUACAUAAAAAAAUUCAAAUCAUAUUAGAAUAAAAAUGUAAAUGAGUAAUAUUUUGUGCUGCUUUUUAAUAAAAACUCGUGUAUUUCCUUAUAAAAUAGGUAUUGAUGCAUUUGUAAUACAAUAACUCAUAACGGUUACAAAAAUUGAAGAAAUUUCAAUAUUCAAAAAUAAAUUAUUUUCUUUCUGCUUAAAACAGUCUGAAAACAAUUUUCACAGGUUCAUACUUUGAAUACGAGGUUACAACACAUGGAAUUGAACAUAUUUAAUUGUAUAAGUUACACAAAAGGAUUGGAAACAUGUUCUUGCAAUUUACAUGUUCCUCUAAUAAUACAACACAUCAUCAGUGUGUCCCUAAUUAUAAUAAUUUAGUUGAAUAAAUGGAAUAAACAUCUUGUAAUACUUUUAAUACUUUAGGGAACCCAUUUCUUAUGCGCAUUUAGAAGGCGGUGCAUAAGAAAAAUCUGAACGAUUGCCAAUCCAGACGAUCACUAUAUGAUCAAAUUUUGGCCGACUAUUAAAAAUGCCUUACUGAAGCAUUGUAAACAUUAAGGUCAGACAACACAUACGUUCCUCAAUUUUAGAUAACUUUUUCCAGGAAUUUGUUAAUGGUUUACUACUACUUUGACAAGCUUUCUUGCAAAAAAUUAGGGUACCUUACCAGGCAUUUCUGCAAAAUACUAGAGUAUGCAAUUUCCUAGUAUAUAAUCUUCUUGAAAAAACCCUUGAACUGCUGAUAUAAAAAUAAAUACAUCUACAGCACAGUGAAAUUCACUAUAUUAGAACUAUAUCUCCACCUGGGCAGGGCUUUGAACUCAGGACCUCUUGAACUUAUACGCUUCUAAAAGUGAGCGACCACGGUUCAAACCACUCAACCAUCUAGACGUAUUACCGAUUCCAAGUAAAUUUUGAUCAUUUUUAAAGUAAUUAUUAAAUUAAUAUUUUCUAUUGGAACUCUUUAUUACGAGGAGAUACAUAAAAAAUUCUCGAGGAACGUGUCGUUUGACCUUAAAAUUGGAAAAAUAAUUUUUGACCAAAAUCGUGACGAUGCCCCUUUAAACUGACUGAACCUUUUUUAUUUUACAAUGAUUGAUAAACAAGUUCUACAAAUCAUAUUAAUAUCUUUCGUUGCCCCUUUAAUUGAUUACUUAUACUCUCAGUAUAUUAUUAAUGAAAGAGAAAUCAUUGUUGAGUGCUUAAAGAAAAAUUUGGGAUCGGAAAACUAACACUUAUGCAGCUUUUA